UAUUCAGUUCGUUUACGCCAAUGAUCAUCCGCACAAUCCUCGUCGUUUAAUAGUCCUCCUUUAUGCUAAGUUGGGCCUUCAUCGUUACAAUUUUGUCCAUGGGAAAGACUUGAAGCUCAGUAGCAUAUCUACAUACCUCAAGUCCUCGGGUGUUACUAGUGCUACCUCUUACCGCAUAACUUUCGAUGCCAAGGAUCCUCGAGAUACCAGUGGUUCCCUUCAAACUUUUCAAACUCAUGUUAAUGAAAGAAGUUAUGGCAGCUUCCUUUCAACGUGCACUAUUGCUUGUCCUUUAGGUGAAGUUACCAUAGGUGGUGAAACCAAUAGAGUCAGCUUGCAUUCUUUCAUGCCUGAGUUGCCGACAGUGAAUCCUUUUCAAGAUGAUACAGACCGAUUUUACGUGUUGCCACAACUAAAAUGGACCAUAUAAAACACGGUCUGGCCAAUUAAGAUUCUGAGAGUGGCUCUGGACACUACACCAGACCCAAGUCGUCCCUCUGAAAAGGGACUUGACGCCUAUGAUGCAAUUUUCUACAUUAGGUACACAGACUCAUGCAAGGCUCGGGCUGGUGAGGAUGUCGAUCGCGUUGCUAUAGUCAGAAGAAUCUGGGAUGAGAAGCCGGAAGUCUUUAGAAUCGUGGGUUGCACUGAGAGCUUCGGAUCAUUAGGGAACGGUGAAUCCACCACGUCUCGGGAGACAGUUUUGCCUGGCUCGAAGGACAUAGAUUCGAUGGGACAAUGACAUGAUGGUUUCGACGGACAUGGUGGGUCGUACUCAGAGCUCACAAACCUUGGAAGCUGGCUCGUCGUCUGCACUAGACUAACCAAUUUGAAUAUGUGGAUCAGAAUAAUAAACCCAUCGUUGGUUGACCAAGUUAUUUGGUGCCUUAGGAUUGUUAUAUAUGUGGAUUUCUUUUUGUGAAACUUUGUGUAGUUUUUAAGUGUGUUGUUCUGCUUGAAUA